AUGAACAAAGACACUUCUUCGCUUCAAAAAGCCUUCGAGGCCCGAAUGGUCAAGCAAUAUUGCCCAGACCCUCCAACACCAGGAUAUCUGUGGGAUCCUAUUUUACACGUCUGGCACAGCCCAGAUUCAGGUCAGAUAAAGGCGUCACACCUAUUCCCAAGUCGACAAGCAAAUUUUAUGAACUCCAUAUUUGGCAGAGAUGCUCGCGAAGAAUUAUUCUCACCCAGCAAUGGUUUGUUUCUGCACCCUCUCAUCGAGAAAGCCCUUCACUGUGGAUAUAUGGCCAUUGUUCCUGACGUGGACUUCAACGAGAGAUUACCAUGGUGGAACUGGAAUAAUCUGUCCCAGUCUAUAGAGGUCUGCGGAUGGGAGAAGCUAGAGGUCAAAAAUUACAAGGUAAUUGUCCUUAGCGAUCGGACUAAACGGAUUCGUUCGCUUUUUGCACACCAAGGAUCCCAACUUCUCAAAACGUGGUGGUCCCGUGACGGGCAAAAACUCGUCUUUCAAAACGAUUACCGGCCACAGGCACGUUAUGUUUGGUGGACGUAUCUCAAUACUAUAUUGCAUAUGGUAUGGAGAUGCGAAGAGGGUGUUACCAGAAACGGCUGUAUGUAUCUUAUGGACUUGGAACGAGCUGCACAGUAUUGGAGAACAUACGGACGUUACGCUAAGAGGAGCCAGAUCCUGGGACUUAUUGAGCACAUUCGAUAUGAUCAUGCUCAUGGCCUUCUCAAUCAAGGCUAUGAGGAGGACGAUGGCAUAGAGGAUGCUAGGCCAGAGGCGGCGGAAGCCUUGCUGCUGGAGGUUAUCGCACGGUCAGAAGAGGAUGGAGAUGAUGAUUUUGGUGCCGACAACGGCGAUGACGACGACGAUUACUACGAUUUUAAUGACUACGAAUAUGACUGCGAAAGGGGAUAUGAUUGCCGUCCAUUUCCACGAUAUUCAUCGGGCUUAGUACGCAACUAA